AUGAAAUUUCGCGUGAAAAAGGCUACGAAAAAUAGAACAUGUAUCGUUUCGGCGGCUCCAUAUCAUCCAUAUCAACGAUGUAAAGCACAAGGACAUGUGGAAUUUUUCUCGGAUUUUAAUAAAGAUUCUUUGUUUGGAGUGAUUACAUUCUACCAACAUAAAUAUGAAAAUAAAGUAAUUGUUGAUGGAAUAUUCACUACAGAUAUCGGAAUUGAUGGAAUAAAAACUUCGGACGGAAGACCCCGGUAUACAGCCGAAUUAUAUAAUGAGGAUGAAGAAAUGAUAUUUGAUUUGACUUCAGCUGUGUUUAAUAAUGCCAUUCAACUGGUUUCAAUAAAAAAGGAGCUUAUUAAUCUUGAAAUCUGUGGUGACGAAGGUAUUAUUGGUAAAGCGGUAGUUCUCAAAAGAGGUGGUGAAGAAAUUGCAAGAGCCGAAGUUUAUAGGUUAGAUCCUAUCGUGUAA